AUGGCCAGUUUACGGGCCGCUAUCGUUGCUCUUAGCAUAGUGCAAUGUUUGUGUUUAAAAACACGCCCAAGUAGCGACGAAAUACGUUUUGAUGGUGACGAUUUUGUCUCGUUUAACUUGACGCAGAGGCGUCGAUUACAUGCUCUGGGGGAACACAAACUCAGCUUUGAAUUCAAAACCAUCCAUCCAAGUGGUAUGUUGGUUUACAUUGGUAGUGAAUUCGAAAAAGGAGACUUCCUGAUGGUUGAUUUAGUCCGUGGAAAGCUGAGAACCACUGUCAAUCUGGGUGAUGGCAUCCCCACUCAAAAUGGGCACAUGGUGCUUGAAGAAACUUUAGCAGAUGACCGCUGGCACAUCAUUCAACUGCGUUUGUUGGGCAAGGAGUUAAAAGUUAAGUACAAGGAGGAAACGCGCCUUAUCGUAUUGCAGAGUGAACACACUACUUUUGAUGUUGAAGGUUUUGCUUACGUGGGCGGUAUACCUCAACACACAUUGAAUGUCUUGACAGCUUACAGACCAUCAUCAAAUUUAAGAGGGUGCCUUCGAAACGUGGUUUUUGACAGAUGGCAAGUUUUGUUCAGCCCCACGCCAGCGCGCAAAAACUACAGAGUUUACGGCUCACCUCAAAAUAAUUGCCAGCGUGAGCCAUUUGAAACUGUGAGCUUUCAGUCUCCAGAUUCUUUUCUAUACAUGCCUUCGCAGGGCGAAGACAUCUUCCAUGUCCAAAUGCAGUUUCGCACUUAUAUCGCCAACGGCGUGUUAGCGUACAAAUUCGAAUCAGCAGUAAAAGUUAAUGUGCUCUUGCGUGACGGGAAAGUAGUUUUGGAUGUCUUGGUGGUUGGAGUGAGCCAACUGCCGCUGCUAAUCCAGGGAGAGAGUUUAGACGAUGGAGAGUGGCAUUAUCUUUUUGUGAUUGUCACCAACACAGACGUGAAGAUGAAACUGGAUCAACUGGCGGAAUUGAGGCACGAAAAUCCAGCAUUGAGGAAAGUCUCAAAGUUUAAAAAUAAAGUCUUCAUAGGGAAUGGCUAUUUUAAGGAUAAGCCAAAUUUUGUCGGCUGCAUCCACGAUUUACAUGUGGAUAACAAGAAAAUCGAGCUAUGGGCAAUACCUUGGAGCCGUUACGCUUUCGGAAAGGUGUACAAUCGUUGCAACAUCUCAAGCCGUUGUUUCCCGAACCCGUGCGGACACGGUGGAAAGUGUAACGAUUUGCCGAAUGGUGAUUUCUCUUGCGAUUGCCUAAAGACAUUUCACCGUGGUCGACUCUGCGAAAUACCGAUAUACUUAAGGACCUGUCAGGAGUAUAAAGAUCUGGGCCUGGCCGAUGAUGCUUACUGUAAAGUGGACCCUGACGGUAGGGGACCGAUUAAACCCUUGGAGGUCCUUUGCAAUAUGACCGAUCAAGAAGAAGCGGUAAUGCUCGUCUAUCAUAGCAAAGUGGGACCUCAACCUGUUUUAAUGUCCAGGGGUGAUGACUAUCCAGUUUACUUUCACACUUUGGAAUAUUCAGAUCUUAAUGGAAUCAAAGCUUUGAUAGCUCAAAGCGAGAGAUGUCGUCAAUUGGUUAGUUUCAACUGUUUCGGUUCUAAACUUCUGCAAUCGCCAGUGGGUCCGGCUGUGGUGAGUUGGGCAGGAGGAGACUUAAGAUACGUGUCCGACUACUGGCCAGGUGCGCCUGCCGGGAGCAUGAAGUGUGCAUGCGGUGUAAACAGAACGUGCGCGAAUCCAGGACUUGCUUGCAACUGUGACAUUGGAGACGAGAAAUGGAGAGAAGACGAAGGCUACGUUACAAACCGCGCCAAGCUACCCGUAAUUUUUCUCACAUUUUCUAAGACUGCUGCACGAUCGUAUUUUAUGGUUGGGCCGCUGGAAUGCUCUGGAACACUAAAGAACGAUAGAAAAUUGUCCCAGAAGGCACAACGCGAUGCCUCACGCUUCCUGUAUUCUAUAUGUCGCCCUGUGAAUCCCACUUCUCCGGAACCUCGUCUUAGUUCAUCUAUUUCAACGUACAUUGAGCACAAGAGUUGGAGUUGGCAAGUUCAAGAGGAGCCUUCUUUGCAUCCACCCACAGAAUUGCCCACAACGAGAAAACUAAGAAACAAAGUCAUCUCCUCAAAACCAACCAUAGCACAUGAAGUAACUACCACUGUCUACCGUGUCUCUUCACCAUUCACUUUUGACGAAAAGACGCAAACUGCCUCAGAUGUAAGACUUAAGAAAGACAGGAAGAGUGAAACAACCGCCGGUGCUGCCAUGUCUCCUACAAUAGCUCGCCCUGUCUCGGUGUCUUCUGAAGUGUUCGGCUCUGCACUGCCGCCAUCAAACGUAUCCCAAUGUUGCAGUGAUUCCGAGGACGUUACAGUUCCCUUUGAUCAAGAUGCGUCCACUGGAGAGCGAGUCGCUGGUAGAAUAUCUUGGCAAGUAAUGGUGGCCUGGGUGCUUAUGAUCGUUGUAUUUGUCAUGUUUGUUCUUGGCAUUUUUAUUUUCAUGAAGCGCUCCAAUCGAAGAAUGGUGCCCAGUUGUGGGCUUUGGGGAGUCUGUAAACAGAAGAAGCUGCAAUCGUUUGCAGAAGAAGAGCACGGUUUUCCCGAGAUAAGACUGAGGUCGCGCUCUGGCGAGCUGAAUUUGCCUGAAGUUCGUCGCUCGAUCGAUGCCGGUAGUUAUAACGUGAGAACCGGCAUAAUUGCAUACGGGGAACCCUUCUAGUCGUAGAGGAGUACACCUUACAACACAAACAGUUGAUUGAUGUUGGGUUCACCUGAUCUUUGGGCCAGUUGGCGUUGUGUUCAGCUUUUUCUUUAUAUAUAUAUAUAAGGAGUUUGCCAUUGCCUUUGGGCAAAUUAAUUGCAUAGCCUGUAACAAUUUUACCAUCAGUUUUAGUUUUGGUUAGAACCAGGCUAUGACAUAAACUGGUUCGAUAGGCUCUGAGCAGCCCCUCCUUUUCGGCAAAGUCCAUCGGCUUGAGGCGCUCGAAAAGUACUUUUUGAGCCCCACAC